CUUUACCCCAGGAGCUUCGAAACUAGGCGUGGUCUCUUCUUCGGUAUGUUUCGGAAAGUAGAGGGACCUCUGGUCUGAGAUUGUUCGGAGAGAGGAGGAGGAAGGUUCGGAAAAGGGCGGAGCUUACGUCGCAUCAGGACCAGUCUGGCUGCACCUGCAUCUUUUAGCUCAGAGCAUCCCUAGAGCAUCUUAGGUGGACCCGCAGCUGGCACAGUGAAGCCAAGCCAUCGCAGGAGAAGUCUUCCUUCUCUAUUGCCCAUAUCGGCAUCUUGCAGCUGCGGCCUUUGCAAUAAUAGAGGGGUGCAGGAGUUCUCAGGAAGCUGGGAACCCAUUUACAGCAAGUGCUGCUGAUUACGCCAUGGCCGAGAUCACCAAUAUUCGACCCAGCUUUGAUGUAUCCCCAGUGGUAUUGGGACUCAUCGGGGCCACCGUGCUGGUGGUGUCUGUGUCUGUGACAGUCUUUGUCUGGACCUGCUGCCAUCAACAGGCUGAGAAGAAGCACAAGACGCCUCCUUACAAGUUUAUCCACAUGCUCAAGGGCAUCAGCAUCUACCCGGAGACACUCAGCAACAAGAAAAAAAUCAUCCGUGUGAGGAGAGACAAAGGUGGCCCAGGGCGGGAAGGUGGAAGAGGGAAUCUAUUGGUGGAUGCAGCUGAAUCAGGUCUCCUAAGCCAAGAGAAGAGUCCUGGGGUGCUGAGCACUAGUCCUUGUAUAGAGCAGCUCCCCAUCAAGGUGGACUAUGGGGAUGAACUGAGCCCAGUUCAGAGCCUGACCCCUGGGGGAAGCAAAACAGCUUCCCCAUCUUCCCCAGAAGAAGAUGUUAUGCUGGGGUCCCUUACUUUCUCAGUGGACUAUAAUUUCCCUAAAAAAGCCCUGGUAGUGACAAUCCAAGAGGCCCACGGGCUGCCAGUGAUGGAUGACCAGACCCAGGGUUCCGAUCCCUACAUCAAAAUGACCAUCCUCCCAGACAAACGGCACCGUGUGAAGACAAGAGUGCUACGCAAAACACUGGACCCUGUGUUCGAUGAGACCUUUACUUUCUAUGGCAUCCCCUACAGCCAGCUGCAGGAUCUCGUGCUGCACUUUCUGGUCCUCAGUUUCGACCGAUUCUCCCGGGAUGAUGUCAUUGGUGAGGUCAUGGUGCCACUGGCUGGGGUGGAUCCCAGCACUGGCAAGGUUCAGCUGACCCGGGACAUCAUCAAGAGAAAUAUCCAGAAGUGUAUUAGCAGAGGGGAGCUGCAAGUAUCCCUGUCCUACCAGCCGGUGGCUCAGAGAAUGACAGUGGUGGUCCUUAAAGCAAGACACUUGCCAAAGAUGGAUAUCACCGGUCUCUCAGGUAAUCCCUACGUCAAGAUGAACAUUUAUUAUGGCAGGAAGCGCAUUGCCAAGAAGAAAACCCAUGUGAAGAAGUGCACUUUGAAUCCUGUCUUCAAUGAGUCCUUCAUCUACGAUAUCCCCACUGACCUGCUGCCUGACAUCAGUAUUGAGUUCCUCGUCAUCGACUUCGACCGCACCACCAAGAAUGAGGUGGUGGGGAGGCUGAUCUUGGGGGCCCACAGUGUCACAGCUGCUGGUGCAGAACACUGGCGAGAGGUCUGUGAGAGCCCCCGCAAGCCAGUAGCCAAGUGGCACAGUCUGAGCGAGUACUAAUCCUGACCCCCUCUCCCCCAAAACCCAGGGGGGGAGUUGGGAGAGGAUUGGGAGGAGGGGAGAGAGAGGCGGACUCCAAACCUCAUUUUAGUCAUAGAAGAAACUUUCGUACAAAACACAGCCCACGAAGGACACCUCAUACAACCCCAGCAACAGAUUGGUUCCUUGGUUCCUAGCAAUGAGGAUUUUUUUUUUCCUUUUACAAGGCACCACAAAUUCAAAAAAAAAAAAAAAAGGAAAAAGGAAAAAAAAUGAGGAAAAAAGAGUGAAAGACCCCAUACAAGUCUAUAUAUAACAAUGUAACCACAUAAUUGCAUGUCUAAUACAAACUGAAGCGAUUAGUGUAACUUCCAAUAUCGAGUUACCAAUUUUAAUCCAUGAAAAAGUAUUCUGUGCUGAAUUGUUUGCUGAGGUUCACCUGAAACUAGCCUCUCUUUACCAGGUUUCUCUGGAGGGUGUUGUGAUUUGUUUGUUUGAUUUUUUAACUCCAAAUUUUGCCGUUGAACACCUCAUCUCCUCAUCCACCAUCUUGGUCUUGGCCUCCUUUCUGGCCUCUUCCCAGGGAGUGGGAGAGAUCCUUGGCUGCUGCCUAACCAAGGAAUGAGCCAAAAGCUAAAAAAAUCUGCCCUCAGCCAAGAAACAAACAUGGUGCUGGGCAGUAGAAAAGAUUAUAUUUUAUUUUGUUUUGUUUACCAAUAGAAAGAAAAAUCCAGCUAAAUGAGCUGUGGGAAUGACUGACAGAUACUGUCCCUUGAUUGCAUGUAGGUAGCAAAACACUAGGGCUUGACCUGGUGAAACUUGGGUUUGUGACACAACCAGACUUCCCCAUAAGGACCAUGAAGUUAUCAAUUCAGAGGAUCUCUCAUGGCAAAAGGGGGAGGGGCAGGGAAGGAAAAUCUAAAGGGCCAGGACCCAAAGAGAAUGCCAUUGUCUUACUAUUUGUGUAAUGAUCCCUAAAUACCAUAUUCAGCCUCUUUCUAAAUGAGAAGGAUCAGGGAAGGGAGGAGAGGAUGACACCUGCCUGCCAUUUUGCUGCUAUAUACAGAAGUCAUCCAUUGGUGGCUGGACUAAAAUCUGACAGUGGUUUAAAGGGUUAGAUGGGUCUUUGGUUUUUCUAAAUAUUGUCUAAGGAAUUUCUCUGGAAUUGGCCUAGAGCAUUAUUUGGGGGUUUAACUUUUGUUUUCCAAAGGCAAAUAUUCUCAGAAAUUACUCUUUCUUGAAGUUUCAAUGAUGGCCCUUAGGGAAAAAAAAAUAAUGGUGAUGCUCACUUUCAUAUAGUGCUUUUCAAGUCUUGCCACCCUCAUCAAAAAGGGUGUCGCCACCACCCUUGGAUUUCUAUAGCACCUUUUCUACCCUCCCCCAAUCCCUAAAGGUAUAUGUUCAUGUAUAACCUCACUGAGUUUCAAAACAUCCCUGGGAAUUGGGGGUGGGAGUAGUUUAGAGAUUUUAAUCAGCUUUUUAUACAUGGUGAAACAGGGCCUCUUGAGAGAUUCGGCCAUUUGUCCAGAAUCUCAAGGUAAGUCAGUGCUUGAACUGGGAAGAGAAUUCAGGUCUCCUAUGUCCCAGCCCAGUGAUCUUUCCCUUAGUUUUGAGAUGGUUUAAAGACUCAACUUCCCCUGGGGAUAGCCUGAAUAUUACUGGAGCACAUAAUGCCACAUAGGGCAUCCCUCAGCCUACAAAAGGAAUCAGCCAAGUGACAGACUGAGCCAGGCCCCUGGUGAUCAUCCAUCUGCAUACCAAUGAGGUAUCACUACACUUAAAAAGUUCUCCCCAAUUUGCUUCCAAGGAGGGCUACAGAAAAGUCAGGUAGCUUAUCAAAGGAUAUACAUCUUGCCUUGAGCCUUCCAGGUAGCUCUGCAGACAUUAAAAAAAAAAAAAAAAAAAAAAAAAAA